AUGCGCAAUCGACCUAUUCGAUGGGCUGAACUCGAUGGAGCCGUCGGCGGAAACUUUCGACGGACCCAUUAUCAUAGGCCGCCGACCGUGACCGCCGGACGAGCCUUCCCUCGAACUUAUCGCCUUCAAAAUUUUCAGUUUUGGCCUUGAAUGAGCUAAUUUGAAUGAACUUCGUGUAAAGGCAUCGGCUACUAAAAACUAAUAAGGUAUCGAAGAGGAAAGUAUGGGAAAGAUUUUUCAAAUUACAAAUAUUUUAAGUUAUGCAUUUACUGAGUCACAUUAAUUUGAAUCAAGCACAAAUUCGAAAGAGCCUGUAAAUAAUAUAUUACUACAGAAAAAAAGAUGAUAUACUGAGAAUAAAUAAAUUUACUACUAAAAUUAUGUAUUUUUUUCACUGCCUGGAAAUAUUAUUCUAACUUAUUGACGUAUCAACCGAGUUUGAAGAGUUAGAACCAGCACAAACAACUAACUUUUAAAUAAAAAGUACCGAGAAAAACUUAAUAAACAGAAAAAUAAUCGUCAACUUGAUAAUGUGCGCUCUAUUGAAAGUGUACGAUGGAAUUGCGUUGAAAAAUUUCGCAGAAAUUUGGAUGGUCAGCGGGGUUUUUUUCAAAUCUCAAUCUCAUAUUUUACAGGUUGAUGUUCAAGCUGGACGAAAUUUUCAGCUUUCGAGUGGACAAUAAUAAAAAUAUUUUGAAGGAAAAAUUAUAGCUUUCUUAUCAGUUGAGUGAUCAAAAACUUUCUUAAGAAAGCCGGAAUAUUUGAUAAUUUCAGGUGACGAGACGAUGUCGUGUUGGCGCCGAAGCUCAAGGGCUCCGUGAGCCUCAAAGUCCCUCGGGAGCGAAUUAUGAAGGAAUUGAUACACGGACGACGCCUCGUGGUCAUUAA